AUGGCGGACAGCGGCGGUGAAGCGGCGGCUUCGGCGGCGCCCACUCCUCCCCCUCCCGAUGGCCGCAGCUCGUGCGCGGCCUGGGUCCAGUUCCUCCGGGCCCGCCUGGCGGGGGCUGGCGCCUCGCUGUGGGUCGCGGUCGGCCUGGGGCUGCUUUACGCUCUCAGGGCGCCCCUGAGGCUGUGUGAGAACCUGGCGGCGGUGACAACGUUUUUAAAUUCUUUGACUCCAAAAUUCUAUGUGGCACUAACAGGAACUUCAUCUCUAAUAUCUGGACUCAUAUUUAUAUUUGAAUGGUGGUACUUCAGGAAAUAUGGUACAUCAUUUAUUGAGCAAGUAUCUAUAAGCCAUUUGCGGCCACUUAUUGGAAGGUCAGAGAACAAUGUUCCAGAGCCAGGUUCACCUUCUGGUAGUAGGGAUGCCGAUACCAAUAGGCACAAUCUGUCAGAAUGCAAAGUAUGGCGAAACCCUUUAAAUCUUUUCAGAGGAGCUGAAUAUAGAAGAUAUACAUGGGUGACGGGUAAGGAACCACUUACAUACUAUGACAUGAACUUGUCAGCUCAGGAUCAUCAGACUUUUUUCACUUGUGAUACUGACUCUCUACGUCCUUCAGAUACAGUUAUGCAGAAGGCUUGGCGAGAGAGAAAUCCUCCAGCUCGUAUCAAAGCAGCUUAUCAAGCUUUAGAACUGAACAAUGAUUGUGCUACUGCCUAUGUUCUAUUGGCCGAGGAGGAGGCAACGACAAUUGUAGAUGCUGAGAAGUUAUUUAAACAGGCCCUCAAAGCUGGGGAGACAAUUUACAGGAAGUCCCAGCAGCACCAGCACCAGAGCCCUCAGCAUGAAGCCCAGCUUAGAAGAGACACCAAUGUAUUAGUUUAUAUUAAACGAAGACUAGCCAUGUGUGCAAGAAAAUUAGGAAGAAUAAGAGAAGCAGUAAAAAUAAUGAGAGAUCUAAUGAGAGAGUUCCCUCCUCUUAGUAUGUUGAACAUACAUGAAAAUCUCCUAGAAUCCCUUCUAGAAUUACAGGCUUAUGCAGACGUUCAGGCAGUUCUAGCAAAAUAUGAUGAUAUUAGUCUUCCAAAGUCAGCAGCAAUUUGUUACACAGCAGCACUGUUGAAGACUAGGACUGUGUCAGAUAGAUUCUCUCCAGAAACAGCCUCUAGAAGAGGGCUGAGCACUGCAGAAAUUAAUGCCGUGGAAGCAAUUCAUAGAGCGGUGGAAUUUAACCCUCAUGUUCCAAAAUACUUACUUGAAAUGAAAAGUUUAAUAUUACCUCCAGAACAUAUUCUGAAACGGGGGGACAGUGAGGCAGUUGCCUAUGCUUUCUUUCAUCUUCAGCACUGGAAACGGAUAGAAGGUGCCCUUAAUCUGUUGCAGUGUACGUGGGAAGGCACCUUUAGAAUGAUUCCAUACCCAUUAGAGAAAGGACAUCUAUUUUAUCCUUAUCCCAGCUGCACGGAGACAGCUGACAGAGAACUAUUACCCAUGCUAAGUUCAUUGUCUAUGUGGCAGAAUGGAUAGAGUGCUGGACCUGGAAUUAGGAAGACCCAAGUUUGAAUCCUGUAGCUUGGGACCCUAAGAAAGCCACUCAACUUCUUUUCAGCCUCAGUGUUCUCAUCUGUAAGUGAGGGUAAUAAUAGUACCUACCUCACAUUGUUGUUGUAAAAAUCAAUAAGUUAAUCCAGGAAGUGUUUUGCAAACCUUAAAGCUCAACAGAUGUUAUUGUUACUAAUUUUUAUUGAUUGAUAGUAGAAAAAAUAAAAAAAAAUAAAAUUGAUAGUAGAAAUUUUUUUUAAAAAAAGUCAUUCUGAUUGAAAUAAACUCCAAUGGCUAUUAGAUCUCUAGAAUCUAAUAUCAACUCAUUUGUCAUUUAAAACUCUUUACAACCUGGUCCCUGCCUCUUUAUCCAGUCUCUAGCUUCCAGACUUAUUAGCUUACUCACACUUCUCUCAUAUUCAUCUCUUUUAUUUGACAGUCUCCCAUGCUUGGAAUGGGAACCACCUCCUAAAGAAAUAAAAGAAUAGCUUUUCCUGUCCCUUCCUCCUCAGCAGGAGCUAGUCCUUUCGAUUCUAAGUCUACCUUCCAUCUACUCUCUUUUUGUAUUUAUCUGGAUUUUCUUUCUUUUCUUUUCUCUUCUUUUCCUCCCUC